AAGAAAAUUCAUGAAACCAACUUCUAAUGCUUCUCAAUAAGCUAAUCAGUGGGCAUUGAAAAAAAAGGAGCAAAUGGAAAAAGCCGCCUAGAUGAGAGCAGAACGAAAAUUGGCUGCUACUGGAGAAAUGGCUUUAGGUACUAAAACAAAUUAUGGUACUUAUAUAAAGUAUCCAAAGAUUAUGAAAAGCCACCAAGCUAAAAUUCUUAAAAGUAAUAUUAUUAAGCUGAUUUGGGUAAUAAUAAUGCAAGAUAACAAUAAUUUGGUUAGUAGUAAUUUUAAAUGAAUGAUAUUGUUUUUCAAAAUGGUUAGCCUAACAGGUAAUCUUCUUUAGGAAAAUAAUAACCCUAACCUUCUUAUGAUAAGUAUGGCUAUAAUUAAACCUCAUAAUUUACAAACAAUAAACCCCCUAGCUAGGAGGGAUCAAGAAAAAUUUAAUAAGGCAUAUAACCUAAACCUUAAAUGAAUUAAGCAUAAAUUAGUAGAUAAUAAUAUGGCAAAAUUGAGGAUGACUACGAUUAUUAAAAUCAAUAAUAUGGAUAACCAAAAUAAUAAUAAUAGCAAUAUAAUUCUAAAUAACCUACAUCGGUUUAAAAACAAUAGUAAUACAGACCGCCAUCAGGAACCUAAGGUUAAUCAAGUGGAUAUAAUAAGCCUUCAAAUUAAUCAAUAAAACCUCCUGUUCAAUAAAAUAAGUAAUCUACUAAUAUCAAAUAAUAAAAUAAUGUUAAUAAUGAAAAAUCCUCUUAUUAACCUCCAUAAUAAUACCACAAUCCUAUUGAUGAUAUCCCAAUUAAAAAGGGCGACAACUAACCUAAUAUAAAAAUUUAAAAUCCAGAACCUUUGUAUGAAUGUUCAAAAGGAUGUGGGAGAACCUUUUCUAAAUAAGCUUUAUAAAAACAUGAAAAAAUUUGUGUGAAAGUUUUUCAAAAAUAAAGAAAAUAAUUUGAUGCUCAGAAACAUAGAAUAAUUAGUAAUGAGUAAGUAAAUCACAUUAAAAAUUUAGAUAAAAUAGAUUAAAAAUAUGAAAAAGCUUUAGGUAUUCGUCUUUCAAUUAUAUUAGCUAAAAAACAAGAUUGGAAGAAGCAGUCGGAAGCCUUUAGAGCUGCCAUUAUUGCUGCAAAAGGUGGAAAGUUGACAAAUGAUUAAAAAGUUAAUAUUUAAUGAUAAUUUAGAAUGCAAUGCAAGAGGCAAGUAAAUCUAACUUAACUUAAUGCAAUUAUUGUGGAAGAAGCUUUAAUUAGUAAGCAGCUGAAAGACACAUACCAUUUUGUGCUUAAAAAGCAAAGAUUCCUCCAAAACAACCUUAAAAAAGGAGAUGAUCAUUAAUAAUUC